AUGGAGUUGGAUUGGAUGAGAAGAGUAAGAGUUAUCAAGGAUUUGGCUCAUGCUCUAUCUUACAUGCACCAUGACUGCAUUCCAUCCAUAAUUCACAGAGACAUAUCCAUCAAGAACAUACUCUUUGAUUUUGAUUUCAAGGCUUGUGUCUCAGAUUUUGGCGCUGCUAGACUCUUGAAACCUGAUUCCUCUAAUUGGACUUCUCUUACCGGAACCCAUUGUUAUGUUGCACCAGAGCUUGCAUUUACAGAGAAGUGUGAUGUCUAUAGUUUUGGAGUGAUGGCACUAGAAGUGAGGAAAGCAAGCCUUCAAUGGAGCAUGUGUCAAAUGAGUCGAGCAUCAGCAAACCAUCUAUGGAACCCAACCAUCAUGUUUGCACAAAGGGCAGGAGUUGUUGCUUCUUCAAUUGAUGUUUAUAAUGUGGAUGAACGUCUUGCUCAGUUAUCACCAAGUUCUUCUAUUCGUGAUGAUGGUGAGAAGGUACUUAAAGGUUCAACUCUGGAAUGUGCAGCUAUUGGAAAGUAG